UACAUAGACAUGUACCAAAAAUAGAGCAAGAUGGAUGACGUGGGGGUAUGGGUCCUUCGGACUUCCGGGUGUGUAUAAACAGAUUGCAAACGGAGUUGCCUCGCUCUAAAGAUGUCUAAAGUAACGUUUAAAAUCACCCUGACGUCGGAUCCCCGGCUGCCAUACAAAGUACUAAGUGUCCCAGAGAGCACACCAUUCACAGCAGUUUUGAAGUUUGCAGCUGAAGAGUUCAAAGUGCCAUCAGCAACCAGUGCAAUAAUAACAAAUGACGGAAUAGGAAUCAACCCUGCCCAGACAGCAGGGAAUGUGUUUCUAAAACACGGCUCAGAGCUUCGCAUCAUUCCCAGAGACAGAGUGGGAGGACAAGGAGACUGAUGCUGCUUUUCCUCGUUGACGGCAUAAUGACUCACCAGGCAGAAUCACAUAACACUUGAGACCCAGGAAACACCUCAAUGUGUGUCAUAUUUGUUUUUUGGCCCACAACUGACAGUGACUCACAUGAGAAUAUAUAUAUUAAGACUUGAUGAUGCCAGGCACGCACACUUGCAUGCUCCCUGCUUCUUCAUUCUCAGUCAAGUUUAUUUUCUUUUUUCUGUAAGUAUAGUUGCAUCAAAAGAUUGGAGUGACAUCAAGGAUACCCAGAGGUGCUGAGUAAUUAAUAUACAUAAACACAGCAGCUGUGCAUCCUGGGAAAGAUUUUCGCCAAGAUUAACAAACAACUGAGUCAGUUAUAGCUUUUGUAUCUUUGUAAAUGACAAUAAACAUUCAGUAUGACUAACAGCAACACAUGCCUGUUUUGCAAUGUUUGCUUUUGUCUUCAUUAGCACUAUGGUAAUAUGAGAGGUGAUCUUAAAAUAUAUGUAAAACAUGCUUUUAAGGACCAAUUUCAUUAUAUUAAGUGGCUGUUGAUAUGCAGGUAAAUUGUCUGUUCACAUUGGAAAUUCUUUUUUUUAUGUCAGACAAGUAUUCCUCAAACACACAAUAAAUAAACGUGCACCUGGAUCCGUACUGAACUUGUAUCAUGGGACCAGCUCCUUCCAUAACUAGAAGAACAUAUUUACACCUAAGAAUAUUUCAGCUAAUGUAAGGAAAUGUGAUUGUUCAUCUGUCAAACUGUGUGGGCACGUGGAUCUUUACUGCCCUCUGUCAGGUUACAUUUUAACAUCAGUUCACUACUUACCUAUAUACCUUGCCUGUAUUUCAAGACAUGUAUGAUGCCCCAUCUUCACACAGUAAAUAUAAGAAGAUUACACUGAGUAAUCACAGUAAAAACAUUCAACAGGCAUUCAAAAAACUUACAUUAACGCAGGUUCAUCCAACACCAAAAACACUGGUUUUCAUCUGGGAAAAUAAAUUAAGUGUUUGAUUGCA